UCCAACUCUAGAACGAGAGAUUAAAAGCGCUCCCGUGGAGGCAGAUGUCACAAUGUCUCAUGAAUGCCAUCCGCCGCGGGUGCUGAUAUACAGUGAAGGACCUAGAGAGGAGAUUCUUUCAGUGCCAGAGCUGGGGACUGUCGAAGAUGGAAGGGAGUGCUCCAAUGACAGGGAGUUUGGAUCCGUCUCUCGUUCCUCCUGAGGCUGAACAAGUCGGAAAUCUCCUAGCACAACUUUAUAUCGAAGAGGGCCCGUCUACUUCCGUAGUUCAUGAUGACUCUGCAAAUUUAAGAACAGUAUCUCAAGCAGAGGCAGAGGCCGUACAAGCUCUCCUAGUUCAAGACACACGCGACAGGGUGAUAAUGCCCGUGGCCCAUAGGGUCCAGAGAGCCUCUCUCCCAUAUAUAGACACAAGGAAAGCACCUGUAUCUGAGGAUCUGGUCAAGCGUGUGGUAUACACGUAUCUGAUGGAUCCUACGACAAAGCAAAAUGUACCUCCUUCGCGUACACACGGCUUGAAGCUCGACUUGCUGUUCAUCCUAGAUUUCACUGGCAGCCAACAACCAUAUAUAGACUCAGUCAAAUCAUCCAUUAAUACUAUCUGCGCAGAAAUACUGGGAUCGGAUCAUGUGAAUUCAGCCCGCCCAGACGAUCUUCGUGUCGCAUUUAUUGGGUUCCGCGAUCAUCCACCCCAGGAGGACUCGUUCGUUACCCGCCAAUGGGACUUUGUGUCGAAUAUCUCUCGAAUUCACGCAAUAUUGAACAGUCUUCCUGGUGCUUUCGGUGGUGGAGAUGGGCCAGAGGCUGUAACGGAAGCUCUAGCUCGGGCUUUGACGAUGAAGUGGAGGAAUGACUGCAACAGGGUCGCUGUGCUAGUAUCGGAUGCUCCGCCGCACGGUAUUGGAUCUCAGGGCGAUUACUGGCCUCAUGGCGUUCCUGGUGUUGCGGACCCUCUUGAUCUGGCGAGAGAGAUGCUCAAGAAGAAGAUCACGUUACACUUCGUCGCUUGCGAACCAAGCUUGAGUCGCUUUCAUAACGCGCUUGAUUUUUACCGUGGUCUGACCCGCAUAACGGCGGGUAUCGUAGUCCCGCUUCUCGACGCCAGGGUCAUGUCAACCUGCAUCAUCGGCUCAGCCCUCGAAAGUCUCGCGAUUCAGGAUCUCAUCAACGAAUACAGGGAAACUCUCGAGGAGCUGGUUUCCUCACGAGAACCCUCGCUGGUGGUGAAAUACCUCCAUGCCCUCUUGCGCGUCAGAGGGCGGACGGCCGACCAGCUGCUUAUGGAGAACAUAUAUGCCAUGUCUGAUGAUAGGAAGGAAAAUGUGGAAAUUUGGUCGUCAGCUCGUAGCCUCGCUGAUGCGAAAGCUCGAUUGAAGUCUUACUAGGUGGGUGACAUGAGAGAACAGUGCCAGUGUAUACCUGGCACACGGAUGGCCAGGAUAGAAAAGGCCGGGAGAUAU